GCAUUAUUUGCAAUUAUCAGCCAAUAAUUAGAUGUAGAAGAAAAAAGCUAAGCAGAAACGCGGCGAAGUUUGUUGCUGUUCAAAAAAUUUGAAUUGUUGUUAAAUUUGAUUGUUCCGGUUCUGAGAGAUCGACUCUUUGAAGUCAACUGCCUAGUGAGUCAAAUAGUUCCGAAUCGCUCAAACUAAACGAAAAAGAUGUUGAUGGCAAAUGUUAACGGGCCGUUAAUGCUGUUUUUAAUGCGAUCACAUUCUACAACAUUGAAAUGUGACUGGAUUUAUCAGUCUAAAGCAAGACUGUAAACCAUGACAAAAAAACAGAAGCCCCUUUUGGUCAGUGUUGCCCAUUUGUCCAAAACUAAAAAGAAAUUACAAAAUACCUACUCCUUUUUCAAGGUCUCAUUGAAGGCCAACAACACGGCCCUGGCUUUCGCUCUACAGACUGAGAAGCAGAAGCACAAGUUACUACAGAUGGACAACAUGUACCUGAGAAAGGAAGUGGCGUCUGCACACUUUGAUUUGGCCAUCUAUAAGCACAAAUGCAGAGAACUGCUUCUCAUCUUGAAAAACCUUUAUCGCAACAGUCUCCAACACUGGAACACGGUGGUGGAAUUAUUCCCUGACAGUGAUCUCUUUGAACCAUCCGGGGACCACAACGUCUUCCGAACUGAACCCGACAACCCUCCAGUUGAAAAUGAACUUCCUGAGAGCCUUCCAAGUGUGGCACCAGAUCUUCCAGAAGUUCCAAAGGAUUCAGAAAUGCAAGCAGGUAUUCUUGAAAACAACAUGCCGGCAGUCUUACCUGUCCCAAGCAGAGCAGAAACAGACAAAGAGAAAAGGUAUUCAAACCACCAAGCACUCCAGAGGAAGUCAGCACACCAGUCCAACAGCUUAAGGGAGGAAGUGAGUAGGGUGUCACACAGGACCUCUCAGUCUGCUUACGACAUCGACUCUUUGCCGGGUCACCUGAGCGGCCAAACAUCUUCAGCAAUUAAUAUUGCUGGAACAUUGGGUGCCUCUGCUGAAGUCAACGCUCCUUGUGAUUUGCCAGAGAACACUGUAGUUUUCAAUCCAACCAUGGAAUUGACUCACAGCAAUGAUGCAGAAAUAGCCAUUCAUCAUUCCACAGAGCAAAAAACCUCUAAACUACCAAAACCCAAAUACAACAAGAUAAAAAUGAGUAACUUGGUUGUGUCAAGUCCAGCAGACACUUCACAAGAUACGGGCGGGACAAGUUGUGGUCUUAAAGAGCCACAGCCUGAGCCGAUUAGCACCACCUCGCAUCCAGAAGGCCAAAUACUAGACAUUUCUGACAAGCAUUUCCAAGCUGAGUUUCAAAGUAAACUCGCGUCACGUAUUCCCAAAAGGGUGAAAUCCAGAGUUGAGACAGAGAAAAAGGUGAAAAGCACCAAGUCAACAAUGGAUUCUGGUGAUUCUGUCUGUCUUGCCUUGGGUGAUUAUCUCAUGGAUGAUGACGUCUUUUCCUUUAAACCCAACAAGAAAGAAACUUUCCCUUUCGAGAAAGACCCUUUCCCAAAGUCAAAAGUCACAUACAGGAAGCCCAGAAAUAAAAGUCAGACAAGUUCUUUGAUCCACAGUGUGGCAACAAUGUUGUCACCUCAUGACCAAAAUAAUGGUGGGUCCAUAGUGGACCACAAUGACGGAGCAGACAAUUUUGAAACUGUACAAUUUGAGGGAGCAAGCUAUCCCACUGGUGGAAAUGAAUCACAGAUAAACGCAGAGUCUUCCACAAAGUCUCAAGGACAUUCCAACUCAAGAUGCAGGGGAACAUUUGUUAUAUCUGCGGAUCACACUGCACACAUCAGAGAAGAACUUGGACUGUUGUCAAAAGAUAAGGACUCCAGUUUGCAUAUUGAAGAAUCCUUGGACUCUCGGGCAGCGACCAAAGAUGCCGGUUCUGUCACAGCAAUGCCAAGCUCCUGCAAGCGUCCUUGGAUGUCCACUCAGGAUCCAGGAGACUUGUAUGGCAGUAAUAAUAAAGAAAAUGUACUGCCACUGGAGGAAUUCUCGGUUGCAGGUCAUGAGUUUCAGAAGCCCAAGAAAGCGAGGAAGGAGGUCUCAAGCAGAUGCGGAAGGAAAAAAUCACAAUCUUCUAAUGAUGUUGUGAAGGACAUGAACAAACAUCUCCAUGGCAAAAGUGUUUGUCCCGCAGAGCGCGUGGCUUGUCUUCCAGAAUCCACUGACUCCCCUGACUUUUUAUUCUUGAAAGACAUCUUCCUAUUGGAUGAAGAUACUAACAGUUCUAAAUCAGACUCCAGGGUGGAUAAGAAUCCUAAAUGGUACCGAAAUAAGUUCAAACUCCCUUCAGUGGGUAACAGCACCAGAAAUCCGAGAAAGACAUUCUUCCUUUCCAAUCCGGAAAUGCCUCCCAUAAACAUGUCGAAAGAGAUGACUGAAGGUGAAGGAGCUCGUCAGCAUUUGGGUGACCUGCUCAUUGAUGAGAUACCACCAUCGUUGAACAGCUCUAUUGCAGACACCGGGCCAGGCUCUUUAACUUGUAGUCCUAAACGACACCCCGCAAAUGGGCAGCAACUGAUGGAGGGGACCGCCUUGAUCACCCCUGUCUCUUCUCCAGCAGGUAGAGUCUUAAUGUCAGUGACCAACAACCAUGCUAGCCCAUGUAAAGAGAACCAGGGUAGAAGCAGAAGAUGCAAGGACGCGAUCAGUUACAAAGAACCAUCCCUGCGUAGCAAAAUGCGACGUUGAAUUUACAGAUGGCAAGUUCCUAAACUCUCCCGUUUGUAAAGACCACCAGAAGAAGUCACAAGUGCUCCUUUGCAAAGACUGAUUUUCACUUUCUUACUUGAUUGAUACUUUUAUGUUGUUGGCUUUAAUGCACAUUUAGUGAGUUUAAUAAAAAUGUUUCAUUGUUAAGGUUUAUGUUAAUGUUUAAAAAUGUUGAAAGGUUUUUUCUGACUGACUGGACUGUUCAUGAUGCAUGCAUGUUGGAAGCUCUUCAUAAAUGAUUCAAGUCCGCUUGUUCAUUUGAGACUUGCCUAUCGUUUCCCAUGUGAGGGUCACCACAUUCAGUCCAGUCUUGCUGGGCACAAACAUGUAAUGUAGACAUCUUUUGAUUGCUGUGCACAACCAUUUUGGUGAGUACAAAUGUGUUUUGCAUAGGUUACUGUAUUCUUUGUCUUUUGUAUCGAUUCAGCAUUGGGAAAGCGAGUUGAUUUUGAUUUUAUUUUGCUCCAGUUUCUGUCAAGCUGUUUUCUGCAGCUACUUCCUGUUGAACAAACAAGACUCGUUGCCAAAAUGGAGUCAAAGCAGCUGAAAAGAAAUGUUGAAUUUCUCCUGUGAGUACCUGUACUUUGUAUACACAUUAAAGGGACAGUGUGUAGACAUUUCAAAUUUUUCAAUGCCAUCUAGCGGUGAAUUCAUUGAAUGCAUUGACCUAAAUUUGAAGCGCGUGCAUUUUGAAGCACGCCAACUGCAGUGCCACAUUUUGCAAGCCUACCAAUAUCUUUAGCAGAGACUCAAACAAAAUGUCAUCACAGACUUCCUGUAAGGUGAGAGCCCUAACACAUAUAAUAUUAGUGAUUACUUGACUUACAAUUGUAAACAAAAAAAAUGUCAUCACAGACUUCCCAUAAGGUGAGAGCCCUGACCCAUAUAUUAAUGAUUACUUGACUUUUGAUUGUAAACAAAAUAAAUGUAUGUUAUUGUGAUAGAACAUUUUUAUUGGUUUUUAUUUUAAGUCUUUAUAAUGAAGACUUUUUACUCACUGUUCCUC